GGAUUCUAUUCUCAUUUGGUUUGUGUGCUUUGCUUUCGCUUUCCUCAAUUCUCUUCUUCUUCAUUAUUUUUGCCUUUUACCUCUUUUCUCUGCAAUCGGUUUCUUCUCUCAUUGUCUUUGACGAAAGAAUCUACCCAUAAGAGCGUUUCUUUGCUUUCUCAACCAUAACUUUCUCAGAUCGAUUGGUUUCUUCAAGCGAUUGGUGGGUUAUUAUUAGCUUUCUGUGUUUUGUUCAUCGUAAUAUUCAAUACAAUCUCUCGUGACUAAAAAUUGAGUUUUUGAAAUAGAUUUUAGCAUGGGUUGUGAUAUUUGAAUGGAUAUCUCUGUUUUUAGGAACGAACUUGUUUGGUGUUUCUUUGGCAAAAGUUUCCAGGAUUUGCUAGAUUGUGAAAAGUGGUGAGAGUCUCUUGAUUUGUCAAGUGUCAACUGUGGUUAACGAUAGGAUGCAGGGAGAGAGGGCUAGUCUUGGUUCUUUAUCAAAGGCUUUGAACUUUGAGCGCGGUUCUACGUCUAGUAACGCUGUGGUAGAUCAGCAAAUUCGUUGGGAGAAUCUUCACAAUUAUGGUGAUAAUGAUUUGCAGGAUUACAUGAGUUCAGCUGCUGAUACAAAUCCUACUUUUGCAAACUCAGUUUAUCAUGAGAAACGGGGCUUGCAGAGGUUUAACAUUGGUGAGGCUAGCUCUAGUGGGACGAAGAACGAAGGGGCAAGUCUCACUGAACAAUGGAAGGGAAUUGGAAGGUUUGAGGAACAGAGGAAUGAUAAGCUUGAGUUGAGCCCUUUGUUUGUGCAACCAUCUAAUGGAAGCCGCGUGGUUCGUGAUGUCAAUCUAAAUGCAGAAUACAAUGAGCAUCUUGAGGAUAUGAAUCCGGUUACAGUUCAUCCUGGUCAUUUUGAGGUUAAUGGACUUAGGUCUGAGUUUUUACUAGAUAACAGUGUUAGAGCUGGUUCCUCUGUUGAUGGACGUCGUGCAUCCUGUAAAAGAAAAGCUCUUGAUGCAAGCGGUGGUCAGUCCUCUUCAACUGGAGGUUUCCGUGAGUUCCAGCGUGGAGUAUCCAGUUCUUGGAUCUCAGGUCCUACGUAUUACAGCCCAGCAAUGACAGCAAAUGAUUUAAACAUAUCUCUUGAUCAUGGUCGAAGGGGUUUGGUAUCUAGCGCUGUUCCAAAUCUAUCUCCUCCUACCAUCACAGAGAGCUCUAGUAGAAAUUACCCUGUCUGGGUUAAUCCCACAUAUCAACAAGAAACCGUAAGCAAUUUUGCUCCAUCCUUGAACUCACCAGGGCUUAUACCUGCAGAUCACCAGCAGAUCAGCAUGAGAUAUGGACAUGCGUUAGGCAAUUUUGCAUCUCAGAACCCAAAUGCUCCUGCUACUCAUAUGCCCCCUGUUUCAAGAAAUACAUUUCAAUGGAACACAAGCCCCGUGGCAGCGGUUAUAUCAUCUAGUUCUGCUACUCCUGUUGACAGAAAUGUUAUUCAUCGAAAUGCAACCAGACAAAGAAGUAAUACUCUAGAGAUUCCCUUGUUUGUCCCAGCUCCUGAACUGAGAAAUGUGGCCCAUGGUCAUAUUAGCAGAAAUGCAAGUGGUGCUAGACAUGUUGCAUCGUCUUCAUCCAGGACAAGUGUUCAGCCAUCACCGUCUAGUCCAGCAUUGACUCCUUACCAGAAUAACUCACUACAUAAUCAAAGAAGAUUAUCUGAAAACUUUCGUAGGUCAUUGCUUUCUUCCCUUGUUACACAGCAGAGGGCUGCUCGUUCAUUGGCCCAUCCUGCCUCUCCAAAUGAGCACGUGCUUCAAUCUGGUGGUGAUAACACCUCUCAGGUGCAUAAUCGAGCUUCCUCGAGAGCAGGUCCAAGACAAGGGCAAGAUGCAACUGGCAUUUCUCAUUCUUUGCGAGGCUUGGCAUCCACAAGUCGAGGAAGAACCAGAAUGGGGGCAUCCGAGAUCCGUAACAUCUUGGAGCACAUGCGUAGAGCAGGGAACUUGCGUUUGGAGGAUGUUAUGCUUCUCAAUCAGUCCAUAAUGCUAGGUGCGGCUGAUAUUCAUGACCGAUAUAGAGACAUGCGACUUGAUGUUGACAACAUGACAUAUGAGGAGCUGUUGUCUCUAGAAGAACGGAUUGGAGAUGUUUGUACCGGUUUGAACGAGGAAACCAUAUCAAACCGAUUGAAGCAGCAGAAGUACAAAAGUAGUACUAGAUCUUCACAAGAAGUAGAACCAUGCUGUGUUUGUCAGGAGGAAUAUAAGGAAGAAGAAGAAAUAGGAAGGCUGGAAUGUGGACACGACUUUCAUAGUCAAUGCAUCAAAGAAUGGCUGAAGCAGAAGAAUCUUUGCCCGAUUUGCAAAACAACAGGAUUAAACACUGCAAAUAAGCCACAAAGAUAAUGAUCGAAAGACUGUUGGGUUCUAACCAUUUGUCGAAUCUUCAAUACCAUUGAAGCCUCAUCAGAACACUGCAGGCAAGUUGGUGUCUGCUUUUGGGGUUGACUGAAGAUAGGAAUGAAGGGAAAGUAACUGAGGGGGAUAGAGAGAACAGGAGAACCUAAGAAAAAACUUUGGUUCUUCUGAAUUUAUUUCUAUAAGUUAAUUUUACCAAUUAGUUUUAUUA